UCUAUUUUGUUUCUGGCGGAAGCAGAAGAAGAAGAAGAAGUGUCGUUAUCAUCACGGUCCGUUAACGUCAGUUUACAUUUAAUCAAUAAUCAAUUUAAUCAAGAGUUGAUGAAUCAAUAAAUCAAUACAUCGGUGAAUCACGUGUUCAUACGGACUGACCUGGGGUCAGAAGAUGUACUACUAUCGAGAUGCGAGUGCUGAGGUGAGCUGCUGCUACAAAUACCUCAUGUUCAGCUACAACAUCAUCUUUUGGCUGGCUGGUGUUGCCUUCAUCGCAGUUGGUUUUUGGGCGUGGAGUGAAAAGGGGGUCCUGUUGGAUCUGACGCAGGUAACCCGGCUGCAUGGUUUUGACCCGGUCUGGUUGGUCCUGGUCGUUGGUGGAGUCACGUUCACUCUGGGCUUUGCUGGAUGUGUCGGAGCUCUGAGAGAAAACAUCUGUCUUCUAAAGUUUUUCUCCGGUGUGAUCGGCUUCAUCUUCUUGUUGGAGCUGACGGCUGCGGUUCUGGCCGUGGUGUUUCAGAGUCAGCUCAGAGACUGGAUCAACGACUUCUUCUUAGCCAAUGUCAAAGGUUACAGAGACGACAUCGACCUGCAGAACCUCAUCGACUCUCUGCAGAGGAUGAACUACUGCUGUGGAGCUCAGGGACCCAACGACUGGGAUCAGAAUGUGUAUUUUAGCUGUAACGGAACCCAUCGCAGCAGAGAGAAGUGUGGAGUCCCUUUCUCCUGCUGCAUCACAGAUCCUGCUGACUCUGUGCUCAACAGUCAGUGUGGAUACGACGUGAGGAAUCGACCAACGAGGGAGUGGACUGCGCAUAUCUACACCAAAGGCUGCAUCGCUGCGCUGGAGGAUUGGUUACCUGGCAACCUGUACAGGGUGGCCAUCGUCUUCAUCGUCAUCUCUCUGCUGCAGAUGGUGGGGAUCUACCUGGCCAGGACUUUGAUCUCGGACAUCGAGAAGGUCAAUUUCACCUACUGAAGCCACACCCACAGAGGGCGGGGCUUCUUACACAGCAGGUGUGGCCUCUGCCAGGUGGACCAAAUUUCUUCAGAUGUGCCUUUUUCUUCUUCUUCAGUAACCUCGCUGUACCUGCCUUCACUUCCUGUCAUCAGUUUGAGGAUCUUAUGAUCACCUCGUUGCUAUGGUUACUGAAAACAUAGACUUUCGCUGAAUAUGCAUAAAUCUUUCUUUGGGCUUUUUUUGUGUUGCUGUGUCUUUAUCUGUUCGAUGAUGAAACUCUGCACCAGAGUGCCUUCAGUUCCCUUAUCAUUGAUUAAGGAAGGACUUCUCUGUGCGUCCUUCAUCAUCAUCAUCGUCAUCUUCAGGUUGAACUCAGGUCGUCUUUUGUGAGUUCUGAAAUGAUUCAGUUUACAGGGGAAUAGGACCGAUGUGUGAUUGUUAAAUGACUGCAAUGAUUCAUUGAUGAUCAAAAUGUGUAAACUAAUUGAAACCAACAUUAAAAGCCAUCUUUAACGGUGGGGCCAUUGAUGGCUCCAGCUCUCUCAUUGGAGCAUUGACGGUUCAGACCAAAGACCAAAGAAGAAGAAACGGAGUAGAAGGGGCGUUAGACUGCUCCCUAGUUAGCUAGCAUGCUAAGUCUGCUUCAAUGCUAACGCUUGUUAGCACCAGUGUGUUCUACUCCUGUUCUAUUUAUUUCUAUCAAAAGUUUGUUUGGACUUCAACUGAUUUUAUUUUAUUGUCUCAGUUUUUUAUAUAUGUGUACAUAUAAAACUUAAUUUUUUAUGGCUUUUUAUAUUCACCUUAAUAAAACUGAAGUUUGGUCAGA